CGCCCACACUGAACACGUGGUUUAACACGGAAGUAGUUUCUAUUUGACCUCAAAAGCCAAAAGCAUGAGAAAUACAUGCAGUUAGGAUGUUGUGUACUGUAGUAUUUUUAUUGUAUUGAAGCCUCUGCGUUUAUGAGAAGUAAAUGUACUUGUUGUUGUCAUGGAGCCCAAUCUGUUGUACUGGAAAAGUCAGGGACAGUCUUUCAUCAGUCGUCUAAAGAUCUGGUUUAAUCUACUGGAUCCCACCUCCCUGCUCUGCUCUGAUGUUGAAAUACAGAAAGCCCAUGCUCGUGUUGGAAGAGGAGGGAAACUAAAUGAAAAGGAUGGAAAUGCAUUGAACCUCUCCCUCUCGUCUGUCCACGCUGACUCUGGUGCUGUGCUUCCUCUAGUUUUUCGUCCUCCAGCAUUUCUGCCAGUAUCAGCUCCUGUGGUGGUUGCCAGCUUUUUGCCACAUAGCAGUGUUAAAGCAGCUCUGUUUUGGCAGUUUUUGCUGCAGAGUUACAGUGCUGGCUUCAAUUACACAAACAGAAAUUCUUCAACAGAGCAGGGUAAGAAGACGUCUUUGAAGCAGCUUGUGUUGAUUGCAGGAACAGUGUCCUACGCAGCAUGUGCAGGGGCCCUUCCUCAAAUUUUCAUUAACCGACUUGGUGUAAGGACCAAACCCGUCCAGAAUUUCUUUAGGUUUAUUUUACCAGUGCCGCUUUCAGCUGCUCUGGCCUUCUUCAACGUGUUUACUGUCAGAAGUGAGGAGUCGGAAACUGGGAUCCAAGUGUUUGACUCCAAUGGAAAUCUUGUUGGCAUCUCUAAAGCAGCAGGAGAGAAGGCUGUGAGAGAAACUGCGUUGUCAAGAGCGGCACUGUUUGGCACAACCGCUGCUGUUCCUAGUCUCCUGGUUUCGCUCUUACAGAGAACAAGACUUUUCCAGAGGAACUCUCUGCUGGUGGCUCCUCUCCGUCACAUAAGCGUUGCUUUUGUCCUUGGCCUGAUGAUCCCGGUGUCAUUCAGUCUCUUUCCACAACUGGGAAUGAUAAAGAAGGAAAACGUAGAGGAGGAGCUGCAGGCGGCAGCAGUCGACGGACAGUUAUUCUACCACAGAGGACUCUGAGGAGCAGCUUCAUGUAGUUGGAUAAUACAGUAAAAACGUCUUCUUCAAUAUCACUGACCUGUACGAUGUAACAGACCCUCGUACUCCUGUAGAAUGUAUUCUGUUUGAAAAACAGUUCAAGAAGCAUGAAGAUAUUUUUUGAUAGUAAAUUUAUUUAAUUGGAAUAUUAGAUGCAUUUAUAGAUAGGAAAUAUUACAUCAAUUCAUGAAAAUACAUUUAGUUCUCAAAAGUUACACGAGCAUUUGUAUGUAUUGCACUCUGUGUCUUAUCUGAAAUACUGAGGCACAAAACCAUCCUUUUGGCAAUGUGUUUGAAAAUGUACCCAAAAGUAAAACAACAGCGCUAAUAUCACAUGAAUUAAAAAACAAAAAAAAUAGAACCUGAACAGCAAGACACACAUUAACGUGAUAUAAAUCAAUGUGGAAGUGGAAGCAUCAAUCAUUAUUUGAUCUGUUGCAGACUGACGUGGAACAGCUGUUUACUUCUUGUAAGCUUUUAAUAAAACACUGUUUGAAAAAG